GUCACUGGAGAGCGGAUCGAGACCGCUCUCCCUGCUGUCCGCGCGCGCGCAGACUAGCUCACGGACAGCCAAUCGACAGCAUUCAGCGCGCGCCCAAGUCGACCUCGUGGCGCGCGUGAAACGCCAGUCGCCGUCGAUCCACGGAUCACAAAUUUCACAAAUUUCACUGUCAAAGCACAGGAGACCUCUGCGUUCAGAGCGACGCGCGAGCAAGAUCAAAGCCGCGCUUAAUCGAGACUCAACAAAGCGCGAAGGCUCCUAAAAUCCAAAGCAUGGGCGCCCGCGAAUCCGUGCCGGAAAAGGCCGCGGACGCAGGAAAAGUUGUGCUCAGGGUGCGCCUGCACUCGCUCGGGCAUGGUUGGAUGGAGGAGAGGUUCAUCGAUGUCACCUGCCCUGCCGAUAUGAGAGCUGGCGUAAUUCUCUCGAAGAUGCGGGCGCAGUUUUUACCGCGGCGGCGGCGACGGCUGUGCAGCACGGCGAUCUAACAAUCCUUCUGAAUCAAUCGAUCGUGACGAGCGCUCGGCGCGGCGGCCCUCUCGAGGGGUCGACUACCGCGGUGGGGUCCUGUGGCUCCCACGCGUGAAGAGGGCGCGUGGCGUCCGCCGCGGCGCCCGGCGCUGGCACUUGGGCCGAUAGGAACCACUGGAGUAACUUUUUUUGCUACAG